GUCCUUAAUUGAAUUCCUGGCAAUCCCGUUUUAAUUAUUUUCAAUCUUUUUUCGUUUGCUGGGAAGACAAGAAGUUACAAUUGAAGUUGUUGGAUGGCAAGGAUGAGCCUUUACCAAGAAUUAUAGAAACCUGCAAAGUUUUCGAGGCUGCUACCGCCAACAAACAACUGCUGGACCGUAACCAAGGAAAUUCAGCAGAAGUCAAAUCCGCUGUUAAACAAUCCAAUGGAGAGUCAUCAGACAUCGCUGCAAUCAAACGUACUAACAAUUGCUGGAACUGUGGUCAACCGUACAAUGGAAAACAUCGUCGUUACUGCCCAGCAAUCGGCGCUAACUGCAAUAGGUGUGGAAAAAUAGGACAUUUCCAAAAGUUUUGCAAGGGAGAAAAAAAGGAAACCCGCUCGGAGCAGCCUGCUGUCGCCAAGCCGGCAAAGUCAUCGGAUCACAAGUCAUCAGAAAACUCUGUUAAAAGCGUCAAUUGGGGCGAGCUAGAGUAAAUUCUAAUUCUGGUGCUGGUGGAGGUAGAAACAGAUGAAUGAAAGCGUUACUUAUACAGGACCAGAGCGUUCAAUUUAAGCUGGAUACAGGAUCGGAUGUCAAUUGCAUUCCAAUUGGUCUCAUUAAAAGAUUAAACAUUCCGAUUGACUCAUCUGGGAGUUUUACUGUCACUGACUAUAAUUCAAAUGCCAUAAAAGUUUAUGGCGAGGCUUCAAUCGCAUGUAUCGAUCCUGAUCGUAAAUCAAGUCAUGUCGCGUCGUUUCUAGUUGUCGAUAAUAAGUGCGAACCGCUACUGGGGCUGGAGUCUUGUAUCUCGUUUAAUUUAAUUCAACGACUCAACGCUGUUAAUGCAUUAUACAACCUUCCUUCUGAUGUCGAAACAUUUGUACAGGAAAAUAAAGACAUCUUUGAGGGUCUAGGCAGAUUCCCAGGCACCUGCUCGAUCAUCCUCAAGGAUGGCGCUACACCUUCAUUGCACUACAAGAAACGGGUUCCCCUGAGUCUCAUUGACCGGCUAAAGGCACAGCUAUCGUCUAUGACAGAACAGGGCAUCAUCAGUGCGGUGGACUAUCCAACAGACUGGGUAAACAACAUGCAAAUAGUUGAAAAACCUGAUGGUUCCCUACGGAUCUGCCUUGAUCCUAAGCCACUCAACAUGUGUAUCAAGCGAGAACACUUUCUAAUACCAACCGCCGAAGACAUUGUGAGCCAAUUAUCGGGUAAACAUAUCUUUACUGUACUUGAUCUUAGUAAUGGAUUUUGGCAAAUGGAGCUUGAUCGUAAGAGCUCUGAUCUGACUACAUUUAUGACGCCUUUUGGACGCUUUCGCUGGAAUCGCGUUCCGUUCGGACUCAACAGCGCACCAGAAAUGUUUCAGAAGAAAAUGAUUCAGAUAUUCGGAGAUAUUCCGGGUGUUAAAAUAUAUUUUGACGAUAUAGCCAUUUCGGGAUCUGAUUUAGUAGAGCAUGAUUGCACACUUGCUGCAACGGGCUAG